UGCAGCCUGCCAACUGCCUGUUUUAUGCCCUCUAGCCCGGCACGUCACAGAACCAAGUUGCCCGGCAUGCUCCACACAAGCUGGGAUUCAUUGCGCUGCCUUCUCAUCCCCAGAUUUCAGACAGGUUUUGGGGAAACUCGCUCUGUUCUGCCAAGAACAGCUGCUCUGAGGACAUCUGUAAAUAACAGGCUUUUCCUGUACCAACAAGAAGGUAUAAUUUGAGGUAGGAAACUGUCUGGGGGCGGCAAGCCUGUCAGAAGGCGGGGAGCCCAUUGGCAGGGUCACUCAGCACCUGCCGGGAAGCCCCGCUGCGGGUCGCGCUCCAGCACUGAACCGGAGCUCGCUGGGGGUGCCUGGGGACCAGAGUGGGUCCACCGACCCCUGUCACGCCUGGACUGGGCUGGCAGAGCCACGGGAACGUGCUGCUCCUUCCUCCCUGCUACAUGCCCCAUGGAGCUCCUCGCCGUGCUGCUUCUCCUGCAGGUUACUGCCACCAACAGUUUUUCCCAUGAUGCUGAAAAUUUCAGUUUUAGACGAGCUGUCCAAAAGAAGAAUACUCAGCUGACAGAUUCUUAUCAGUUAGACAGUCUGCGUCCUUUACGGCGUAGAAAAAGGACAUGGGUUAUCACCACCAUUGAUGUUACAGAGGAGGAGAAAGGACCAUUCCCAAAAUAUGCUGGACAGCUGUUCAAUAACAGGUCAUUUAAUACAUCAGUAAAAUAUUUAAUUAGUGGACCUGGGGUAGAUGAAUCUCCAGAGAUUGGAUUGUUUUCUAUAGAAGAUGAUGAAAAUGGGCAUGUGUAUGUACAUCGUACCAUUGACAGAGAAAAGACUCCAUCUUUUCAGAUACGUUUCGAUAUUGUGCAGAGAGAAACUGGUGAGCCAUUGGACCGCCCUUUAUUUUUCAAGAUAAAUGUAAAUGAUGUUAAUGAUAACGCACCUGAGUUUCCCAAGGAGGAAUUCAGUGUUACAAUAAAGGAGAACCACAGUGAAGAUGAGCCAGUUUUCCAAGUUACUGCCUUGGACAAAGACGAAGGUGGCACUGCUAAUUCUCUGGUGUCCUAUUCUCUAAGUACGCAAAUGCCCCUUCUAGAUGGAUUCACAUUUGAUGUUGAUCCUACCACAGGAACAAUACAUCUGUCUGGAUGCUUGAAUUAUAAGACUGCCAGCACUUUCAAACUUCUGGUGAAAGCCUACGACCAAGGAACUCCCCAGCUGUCAUCUACUGCAACAGUGAAUGUAGCUAUUGAAGAUGCAAACAACCACCCCCCUGUAUUUACUAGGGAUAAUUACCAGCUACAGAUUUCAGAAGGCCGAGAACACUCAGCUGCAUUAUGGCUCCAAGUGGAAGAUGAAGACUCGCCUUACACUCCAGCUUGGAGAGCCAAGUACACAAUAAUAAAAGGCAAUGAGAAGGAACAGUUCACAAUUGAGACUGACCCAGAUACAAAUGAAGGCAUUUUGAGUGUUAUCAAGCCUCUCAGCUAUAAAGAUGACUCUGAGAAGAGACUCAUAAUUUCUGUAGCAAAUGAAGAACCUUCCUUCUCAUGUGAAAAUGGCAUUGUGAUGGUCUCAAGCCUAGAACCCAUGAACACAACUGUGAAUAUCAAGGUUACAGAGUCGCAAAAUGUUCCCCAGUUUCAUCCUCCUAUACUUGUUGUCCAAAAAGAAGAUGCGAUGAAACCUGGAAGAGUGUUUAGAAAGUAUCUUGCUACAUAUCCAGAUGGUAGGCCAAAUAAGAUUAGAUAUGAACUAUCCCGUGACCCAGCUGGAUGGCUGAGUGUAGAUGAGAAUUCUGGAGUUCUUAGUGUAGUAAAAGAAUUUGAUCAAGAAUCCCCGUAUGUGAACAACAGCCUGUACACCAUCAUUGUCCAUGCUAUUGGUCAUGAUACUCCACCACAGACUGGUACUGGCACCAUCCUGCUUUAUUUGUCUGACAUUAAAGAGCAUAUGCCAACGUUAGUGGCUCCUUCUUUAGAUGUGUGUGACAAAAAAGAAAGCAGGCCUCUCAUUAUAAAAGCUAAGUCUCCUUUGGUCCAUUCACAUUCUUGGCCAUUUACAUUUGAGCUUGCUGAAGACUCUGAAGAUGUGAAGAGUACCUGGAAAUUAGGAAGGAACUUUGUGGAGUCGGUGGAACUUUUAAUGUUAAGAAGCCUCCCACAAGGUACCUACGUGGUGCCCUUCAUUAUUCGGGACAGGCGAGGACUUUCUACAAGGCAGAGUCAGCAUAUAAGACUCUGCUUUUGCCCAGAUGGGCAUGCAUGUGAAGAUUUACCACAAGGAGCUGUGAGAUUUGGAGGUGGUGCCAUUGCAAUAAUACUGACAGCUUUCUUACUUCUACUGGUUUCCAGUAUUUUACUUUGUCAGUUUCAUGUGCCACAAUCUAAAAGCAAAGCUGUUGUUCUACCUCAAGAAGGUGAACAGACUUUUAUCAACUAUAAUGAAGAGAGCAGAAAGCCUUUGUCUCACAGUGGCCUGUACACUAGACAAAAGACAGUCCAAGUAAGACACCAUGAUCACAUCAUACAGACAGUAGACAAAACAUUGAUUCAGAAAUUGUAUGACCAAAGUGCACUGGAACCUUAUUGGGCAAGCUAUGCACCUUGCAUAUAUGCUGAGGAAGGAGAACUGGAGAAAAGUAACUCCUUCCACUCUCUCUCCAUGGGCAGUGAUGACUUGCCCAUAGAUUUUUUGAACACUCUAGGACCAAAGUUUUCUGCUCUGGAGGAAAUCUGUCAGAAGCGAUUUUCGUCAUUCAGUUAAUCUCAAAAGGCUGUGAGUACUUUAUGGUGUUGCAAAGGCAGCAGUGUUGACAAAUUCCAAAGAACCCCCCCCAUCGAUGCUUGAAAGUGUUGCACUAUAUUUGCAACAUGAGUACCUGUCUUUCAUUCUGCCUGCCUAUGCUGUUUGCACGCCUGCAGCCGAGAAUAUGGCACACGUGGAAGGUACGCUCUACUCUGAGGAGAUGAUGUAGUGAUUUUGUCAUAUUCUGUGCAGACUUGCACAAUGAGAAGGUCUAUUAGGCUGGAAAUUCAAGUGAAAGUUCCAUAUGGAAUUAAACUACCCUUGAACAGCAAAGGCUGACCAGUUAGGCCAGUGAUACAGUCCCUCUUCCAGUAGAUGGUCUCUUUAAAUCCAAAAUUAUCCAUGCAGAUCUGACUUGAUAAGAUCUUUCUAAAUGAUAUUGAAACAUAUAAGAGAAAGCCCACUUGUACUGUUAGUGUGACUGUAUACUGCAUAAUAACCUGAGAGGUCUGCCCAGUCCUUGCCUUUUAGCUUAAAACAGGCACUUAUUUAGUGCUUGCAUGCUUGUGCUGGCAUCUGGUGGCUCUUGGUAUUAUUACAUUGUAAACAGUAACUAGGAAAAAAAUGAUGGAGGACGAGGUAUGGCUAUUCCUGUCAUCAAAAUAGAAACCUUCUCUAAAUGAGCUACAAGUGACCAUGAUAAGGAAAUUUAUGGGUUUCCUCAGGCAUCACUGCUAAAACAGAUGAUAUGAUAAAGAAAGGAUUGUAUCGAUUUUCCCUAUAUGGAACCCACAAAUGUGUUACUUUUAAAUGGUGUGGUUUGUACAUGUCUGACUGUGUGCAAUUGGCCUGUGGUCAGUUAUAGAUAGCAUGAUGGCUAACAGUGUUACAAAACAUGAAUGAGGAAAUAACAGCUCAGAAGAUAGCUUGCUGCCAUUAGGUAAGUUAUGCAUGCAAUAAGAGGUGGAAUUAGUCACAGUAUUCUGUUCUGUUCCACUUCUGUGCUAAAAGAAAAAUGCUCCACCUGAGGCAAACACUAAGUCUGGUAUCUAAGGCACUGUUCUUCUGUUUCAAAGUUUACUUAAACAAUAAAUUAUGCUUUUGCUCAGAUGUUAUUAAAUAAUAAUUCAAGGCUGGAAACUUCACUCAAGUGUGAUUAAAGAAUCUGGCUGAAUGGCAGGCAGCUAAGUUUUCCUAAAUGCCAGCAGCAGGAUCUGUUUACACGGUAAAUCACUAGUCUGAUAAACUGCCCUUAACUAACAAGUCUGGAAGGAAGACUUUAGAUCAGCAGCACCACCAACACCACCAGCACAACAGCAAGAUGACUUUUUUUUUUUUUUUUUUUUUUUUUUUACUGUGAACUGUAACCAUAGUUGUACGAUAAGAAUUGUUUUGAUUUGUUA